AGCAUGGAAACAGUGGAAGAAUGAAUGGACGGAUGAUGUUCCUGGGGAUCUCGUGCUGGGCAGUUUCAGUAGUAUGGCUUUUGCCUAAUGGUGGACAAUGCGGUCAACAUGCAGGUCGCUUAAUCGAGGACCUUCUCGCAGACUACAACAAGCUUGUUAGGCCGGUGGAAAAUGACACUGACACUCUGAUUGUUCGACUGAAAUUGAAACUUUCACAGCUUCUUGACGUACAUGAGAAGAAUCAAAUAAUGACGACAAAUGUAUGGCUGCAGCAUGUAACUUCUUUUUCACACUUUCCAGUUCUUUAAAAAAUCACUCACUGUUAAUAAUGUCAUGUUAGCCAUCUUACCAUAAGUGAUGGAGAUUUUUAUGAUAUUCACUGUAAAAACUUUUUUCGAGCUGGACUGAUCACAAAUUAAAGUGGAAUCCGGCAGAUUACGGCGGAGUCACUGUAUUGUACGUGCCCGCCGACAUGAUUUGGCUACCGGACAUUGUUCUCUACAACAACGCAGAUGGUAAUUAUCAAGUGUCAAUAAUGACAAAAGCAAAAUUGUCGCCCAAUGGUACUGUCGAAUGGUCACCUCCUGCUAUUUACAAAAGCAUGUGCCAAAUAGAUGUGGAAUGGUUUCCUUUCGAUAUACAAACGUGUGAAAUGAAAUUUGGUUCCUGGACUUAUGGUGGUCUAGAAGUUGAUUUACAACAUAGAGAUUCACAUAGUGAAAGGGAAGAAACAGAAACAAUGCUUGGUUUUGAUGGUCAAUAUGACGAAAUUGUAUGGAUUGUUGAUGAAGGAAUUGAUCUAAGUGAUUACUAUCCAAGUGUUGAAUGGGAUAUACUUGGCGUACCGGGUAAACGUCAUUUAAAAAGAUAUCCAUGCUGUGAAUCUCCUUUCAUCGAUCUGACAUACGAGAUACGUUUGCGGCGCAAGACGCUAUUUUAUAUCGUCUACCUGAUCUUCCCAAUCGUCAGCAUCAAUUUUUUAACGGUGCUAGUGUUCUACUUGCCUUCGGAUGGUGGUGAGAAAAUAUCGCUUUGCCUCAAUAUACUUAUUUCACUCACUAUAUUUUUCCUGUUGCUCGUGGAAAUAAUACCCUCAACUUCACUCGUAAUACCUCUUAUUGGUAAAUAUCUAUUAUUUACAAUGGUACUAGUUACUUUAUCUGUUAUCGUUACAGUUAUAACACUGAAUGUACACUUCCGAUCCCCUUCAACUCAUACGAUGCCAGAAUGGACUAAAAAAAUUUUUAUUGAAUUUUUACCCAAAUAUCUUUUGAUGAGACGACCAUCACCAAUAAAAAUCAUCAAAAACAGUUCUACUAGCACCUUCAUUACUCCCAAACGGCCUGAUAGAAGGUUAUCAAAUUUCAGUCGACCACGUGAUCACACAGUUUCUGCUUUAUUUGAACAGAUGGAUUUCUUAUCUCCGACUUAUCGAUCAUCAUUUUGUACAAUGAGAAGUCAUGACGGUAGUAGUUUUGCCAGCCUCCAAAAAGAACUGACACCGGUGAUGAGUGCCGUUGAUAGUGUAACAUUUAUUGCCAGUCAAAUGAAGGAUGAUAAAAGUGGCCAACAGAUAAUCGAGGACUGGAAAUACAUAUCCGUCGUGAUGGAUCGAUUAUUCCUCAUACUGUUUACAACAGCUUGUAUGAUCGGCAGCAUUGUCAUCAUACUGCGAGCACCAACCAUUUAUGACACAACUAUUGCAUUGGCGUGA